UCAUUCGAAUGCGUGUUUACGUGUGUUGUGCGAUCUGCACACUUUAUUUCCUUAAUCUGUUUUGCUCUAGUUUUCUAUUGCAGAUUUUCAACAUUUAGAUUUGAUAUAUUUUAAAAAAUAAUUCAAUUUAUUUGUUAGACAGACGAACGUGACUUAUUAAGAUGGGGUACAUGGUCGUGGAGAAACACACAUCUGAUCUUCUCCAUUUUAAAAGGUCUCCUGGGAUUAGAUCAUGGUCCCUCCUUGUUGGAAUUGCUUCGGUUGGACUAGCAGCAGCCUAUUACAGCUCUGACAGCAUAUUAUGGAAGAUGUUCUAUGUGGCUGGCUGUUUUUUUGUAGCUUUACAGAAUAUGGAGGAAUGGGAGGAGGCCAUAUUUGAUAAAUCUAAGAAUGAGAUUGAAUUAAAGACGUUUAGUCUCUAUACCAUGAUACUGACUAUGUGGAAAAGAGGACAUGAAAAAGUGGUGUUAAAUCUGAGGCACCUGCGGGACGUGAGUGUUCAGGAGGAGAGGGUGAGGUACCUGGGGAAGGGUUACCUGGUGGUGCUGCGUCUAGCGACGGGCUUCUCUCACCCUCUUACGCAGAGUGCCACGCUGGGCUCACGCAGUGAUGUAGAGGCACUUGCUGCACUUCUGAAGCGCUUCUUGGGUCUUGAAGAGUUACAGAGACGUUUGGCAGAAGAAGAGUAUCCUCAGGAUGAUGAUGACAUUGAAGAUCUGGGAUUGGGCGAUAGCAGCGAUUCAAAAGAUGAAGAUGAACUUUAAAAACCUCGGGGAGAGAUGGAAAACAGGGGACAAGACACUGUAUCAAGCCUUACAUUAAACAAGCCAAACAUUCCAGUCUUACAAACAUCCUGAUGACAAUCUCAAAGCUUUAUAUGUUACUGCAGCAUUGCAACUUCAAAGAGGCAUUACCAGAUGACAUUCAGUACUUCUGCAAGACUUCUCUCUAUACUUUGCCACAUGUGUAACUAAUUUGACACAGCUUGUGAAAUAAUGCAUGAGAAUUCCUUUCAGUUGGUCAAAGCUCAGGUGGUCAUGUGCUCUGAUCCUCUAUGCAUGCCCACUCAGAUCACACUGUGCCUUUAUACACUGCAUGA